UGGCGAUGUGAAAUAAAAAACAAAUUGUCUUUUGGCGGCGACAAAAAAAACCCACGCAAUUUCGAUUUUAUUUUCGAUUCAUCGAUUACUUAAUUCCGAUGAAAUAGAACUGAUAUAUUUCAUAUAUUAAAAAACAAGUGUGCAACUGCCCCGCCCCCGCCUUAUGUCAGCAUAAAGACUAACAGUUGAGAAUCGACGCCUCAGUAGCAUCCCGACGCCGAGUAUAUAACGUUCAGCAACAAUCAUGGCAAAACGUAACAAGGAAGUCGAACAAGAAGUCAUCAACUGGAUUUUCGGCUGUCUGGAAGAACCGGUACCAAGUGGAGAAUUCGAAGACAUCCUGAAGAAUGGCGUAGUUUUGUGCAAGCUCAUGAACAAACUGACACCCGGAUCCAUCAAGAAGAUCCAAGAAAAAGGUACCAACUUCCAAUUGAUGGAAAACAUCCAAAGGUUCCAAGCGGCUGCUAAGAAAUACGGUUUGCCAGAAGAAGAAAUUUUCCAGACUGCUGAUCUUUUUGAAAAGAGGAAUAUUGCUCAAGUAGCAAUUUCCUUGUUUUCAUUGGGACGUAUCACGCAAAAACAUCCAGAAUGGAACGGACCAACCCUAGGACCAAAAAUGGCUGACGAAAACAAAAGGCAGUUUACCGAUGAACAACUCAGAGCCCACGAAGGUCAACUUAACCUCCAAAUGGGUUUCAACAAGGGCGCUUCUCAAUCAGGCCACGGUGGUUUCGGAAAUACACGCCAUAUGUAAUUGAUUCCCGAAGAGUGAGAGAUUUAAUUUAAUUUAUUUUGUUUAUUUUUUUUUUUAAGAAUGACUCUUAUAGAUUUAGUAACAGCUGAAUGUUAUUUUUAAAAUUUUUCAAUAUACAUUUCUAUAGUUUUA